GACGAUGGGCUGUCCGGCUCCGUGGGUUCAGGUUAAAAGCAGCGCCGCGCUGCCCUGUCCUCAUCCCGGGUGACCUCCGGGACCUGGUGUUGCUCUCUCCAGUGGCUACAACCCUCCAGGUCUGAGAAGCCAGGGGAAAAAGGCUGAGGACUAAGGAUCUGGGCCUCGGAGAGCGUGUCCCGUGUGCCGCCGCCGCCGCCGGGUAGCCUACGACCUUUGCCCUAUUUUAUUUGCGUUCUAUGAGCUUGUGGCCCGGGAGCGGCCAUUCGACUUGCUGGAUCCUGGAGGUGGUUCUUGCUUUCCAAACCAAACCAAGAAAGACACACGGGGAACCUCCUAGCACUGCCUCACUACUUUAUUGCUCACUAUUUUACCGUCCCCGCCAAAGAAUUUAAGGCAUUUAUGCUCUUGAUUGGCAAAUAAGUUUACUCAGGGACACAGCUCACUAGGAAUCUACAGAUUAAGCCAUGGGAACUCGGUGAACACAGGACCAUGUGCUUUAGAUCCUACAGGAUGACUCUCUCCUGUUUGAGCAGAGUAAAAACUUACAGGACCCCUUGGAAGAGAUUAUACAGUACUUCACAAACAACAGUUGACAGCAGGGAGGUCAAAAACUUCCAGGCCCUGGCUCACACGUGGUGGGAUGAGUACGGAAAGUUUGCGCCUCUUCACUCUAUGAAUGACCUACGGGUGCCAUUCAUUAGAGACAAUCUUUUGAAAACAAGUGCUAGUCACCAUCCAGGGAAGCCUUUAUCUGGGAUGAAGAUUCUUGACGUUGGCUGUGGCGGUGGGUUAUUAACUGAACCUCUAGGGAGACUGGGAGCUUCAGUUGUUGGAAUUGAUCCUGUGGCUGAAAACAUUAAGAUAGCACAGCACCAUAAAUCCUUUGAUCCAGUCCUGGAUAAGAGAAUACAGUACAAAGUGUGUUCCCUGGAGGAGACUGUGGGUGAGAGCGCAGAGUGUUUUGAUGCUGUUGUGGCUUCUGAAGUUGUAGAGCAUGUGAGCAACCUGGAGAUGUUCAUACAGUGCUGCUAUCAAGUACUGAAACCUGGCGGCUCUUUAUUCAUUACUACAGUGAACAAAACACAGCUGUCCUAUGCCUUGGGAAUUGUUUUUGCAGAGCAAAUUGCAGGCAUUGUUCCAAAAGGCACUCAUACGUGGGAAAAGUUUGUUUCACCUGAAAAGCUAGAGAGUAUCUUGGAACCAAAUGGUCUGUCAGUUGAAACUGUGGCAGGAUUGGUCUAUAAUCCUUUCUCAGGUUACUGGCAUUGGAGUGAAAAUACCAGCCUUAACUAUGCAGCCCAUGCUGUGAGAUCCAGGGCUCAGGAGCACCAGGAGCCUGCUGAGUCUGCUUUAAAGGGGGAAACAGGAGCACUCCAUGCUAACACCUAUGGUAGCCCCAGUGUACGUGAGGAGCAGAGGACAUGAGGUGCCUCCAAGGACAGCAGUAAAUAUGCUUGAAAUUGUGUUGUUUACAAAGUCAAAAAUCUUACUCCGUUUUGGGAGAGAUUUUGAAGAACAAAAGGUCAAUAAAAAUAUCUAAAUCAAUGGAGAAAAA